AUGAUCCCACGGCAGAAAAAAACCAAACUCACGGAUAUUCAACCUAAAGACAGACUCGGCAAUUUACCUGAUUGCCUUAUCCAUCACAUACUGUCGUUUUUGAACUGCGAACAAGCCGUUCAAACUUGCAUUCUUUCGGUCAGAUGGAAGCAUUUAUGGAAACAUCUUCAUGCUCUUAUAUUCCAUAAAUCUGACGUUCAAGCUUCUAGCAUAUUCACGGAAUUCGUGUCCAACGUCUUAUCUCAUCGCGAUUCAUCUAUCUCACUGCACGCUCUUGAUUUUACGCAUGAAACUGGUCACUUGGAGCCUCAAAUACUUGAUAGGAUUAUGAACUAUGCUAUUUCACAGAAUGUCCAUCGGUUAGGACUCAGUGUAAUCAGCGAGGAUGCACGAAUUCUGUCUAUUUACGAUAAUGUCAUUGCACAAAUUUCUCUCAAUUUCGCUUCAUUGACGUAUCUCAAGCUUUCACUUUAUUCCGGUGAAGAAAACCUGUUUCCAAAAUCUCUCAAUUUACCGGCAUUAACUACCUUGGAAUUAGGGCACUUUACAUUCUCUGUUGUAGAUGAUCAUCACGAAGCCGAACCAUUUUCGAUGCUUAAUAGGUUAAAUAGUUUGCUCAUUUCCGACUGUACCGUGCAACAUAACAGAUCCCGUACCAAAUUCCUCUGCAUAUCAAUUGCGACGCUAGUCAAUUUUACGAUGUACAAUAACUCAGAAGACUUUUAUGAAAUUGAUCUUAUUACUCCAAGUCUUCGGACAUUUUCCUUUCGCGGUACUCCUUAUCAGAAGAUAUUUGGGAGACAUGUUUUUUCUCUUAAACAUGUAAAUAUUGAUGCAGAAGUAAUUCCAUAUAACAAUUUGCCUCCUUUGAUUCUACUGAGCUGGUUCAUAAUGUUUUGUGGUGCAAAAUCAUUGACGGUCACUGCAACCACUCUUCAGGUUCUCAGUUUAAUUCCUGAUAAUUUUAUGGACUUAAAUAAACACUCUUUGGUUAAGUUGAAGUUGUUGAAAGUGGAAGUUGAUGAAAUUCAAUAUGGACUUCGCAUGGAACUCUGCAAGGCCAAGUUAAAGAACAUUGCUUCAAAGAAAGAAGCUGCUAGGAUAAAAAAAGCUUUCAAGUUAGGAAUGGAACCGUCUCCGGCCGUGCCGGAGAAAAUUGUGGACUUUUUGCUUCAAAAUUCACCUUCCGCGGAAGUUGAUUUAGUUGAUUGCAGAAAAAGACCUCUUAGACCAAGACAUUUAUGAUUGGUUUGUUUUAUUUUUUCUGUUUCUUCU